GAUUUUUUUUUCUAUUUUUUUUCUUUCUUUUGCCGUGUUUGUUUCUUUGUCGACAAGCAAUGCAGCAGCAGCUCGGCUACCGGCGCAAGUCGUGCUUCUGGUGCGGCGUGGACAAGAAGCGAUGCUCACUGAACGACGAUCCGGUGAGCAGCAACAGCAGCGGCAGCGGCGGCGUCUUUCUGAUUCCGGACGGGAGGAGCAGCCCCGGAACGAUCGCCGCUUCCACAACGCCGACGCCGCUCUCCGGCAGUGGCUCCACGGCCUCUGCGACGACCUCCGGCGCCGCCGCUGCGCCUGGAGGCAGCCACACGAGUCUCCUCAACGCUGGUGCGGGAUCGGCGGGCGGCAGCUACGCGUGCGUGCACUGUGUUCGCAAGUCGCGGUACUGCUACCAUGCGGCCCGAAACCUGACUCUGCCCUACCCGCCGGACGCGACGACCACGCCGCAGCACCUGCCGCCCUUCCCAAUCCCGCCGAUCAGCACUCCCGACCUAGCUGCGUUGGUCUGGUCGUCCGCGUCGCCGACCCCGUCUGCGGAGUCGCAGCGCAAGGGCAGCCUGACUAGCAGCAGCAGCAGCAGCACGAGCAUCGUCGUCGGUGAUCCCACCACGCCGCCGCCUGCGUCCACGGCAACCACCGCCGCUGCGACUGCCCCGGUGGCUGCGAUGGGCGCGCUUACCUUUGUCAAUGCAGGGCCAACAGCGGGCUUAGCUGCGGCGGGUGCGGUGGCGGCCCAGGGCGCGCUGGGUGGAAGAAGUAGCGGCAUCCUGCUCGCCCGACCUCUGAGCAACAAUGCGAGCACCCUCAGCACCGCGACCACGUCCACCACCAACACCACCACCACCACCACGAGCAACCAUAGCAUUAGUCAUCCUAGUAAUAAUAACAGCAGCAACCAGUGGUCAAGCUACACGCCCGCACUGGACUUGUACCAGCAACAGCAGCAUCAACAACGGCCACAGCAACGCUCGCUUCUGAGCCCCAGCACGACGCGCCGACGCCGCCGCAGCAUCAGCCCACCGGCCUCUUCACCAUCCGCAGCAUCAUCGUCGUCAUCAGCACCAUUAGCAUCAUCAGCUUCAUCGCUCUCGUCCUUGGCGUCGUCCUCUGCUUCGUCGUCGACGUCGUCGUUGUCGUCGUCCAAUCAUAGUAGCGUUGUUAGCAGCCAGAGCGGAAGUCCCGUCUCAGCAACUUCGAUGGGCCCGUUCUUUGCCUAUCCCCAUCCGCGCACCAACCAGAUGAAUUCACACCACGCGAUGAUGCAGCCAAUGCAAUCAUCGUCCUUGUCGACCGUGGCGUACGCGACGGCGACUCCCGCGGAGACUGCAGCGGCGGUGGCGCUCGCGCAGGCUGGCCGAUCCUCUCCCGCCUUUGCUUGGCCCCGUGCGGUCCCUGCAUCCACUCCAGCAGCACCGCUAGGAACAAUGCAGUCAUCGCUACCACACCAAGCACAGCCCGUGGCGAUGGUGCAGCCAUCCCCGUCGGCGUUUGCAGAUGCCGCCACCGACGCUGCCAAAGCGCGGAUUGCCUCCGCACUUGCCUCGUUGUCAGAAUUUGCAGGCCAUCAGCAAGCACUGCCACAGCAGCCACACCUUCAACAACAUCAACCACAACUACAACAGCAACAGCCACCACAACAGCAGUCGUUCCAGUAUUCUCCGUAUUUACAAUAUUCCACCCCUCAAUUUCAGCAACAGCAGCACCACUAUCAACAACAACAGCAGCAGCAGCAACAGCAGCAGCAACAGCAGCAGCAACAGCAACAACAACUACUACUACAACAACAACAACCGGUUGCCAUGCAAUCAAGCUCGCUUGACAGCAAUGGAGCGGCAAUGCCAAUGUAUCCGCAGUACUACUCCACAAUGGCAAUGGGGUCUGUGUCCUUUAUGACGGGACAACAACAAUACGCUGCCACGGGUUACAUGCACGAAACGUCAAGUUACUGGUCGUCUUCGACUGGAUCCUCAUCGGCCUCCACGUCGUCGUCUUCCUCUCCAGCUCCAAACCAGCUGCUUCCCAUGGCUUCCGCUCCCAGCGAUGCGCUUGUGGUUGCUGCCGAGCAGCAUGCUCAAGUUCGCGCGUAAUGUGUUUCAGAGUUUUUGCUUUUUUGUCGCUUGGUUUUAUCGUUUG